AUGAUCGAGUCCGCCAACAAAGACUACGCAAGCGAAAAGGCCAGCUUCCGCGUCGUGGACUGCCGAUUUUUGGAACAAGAAACCUCUAUCGUUGAUGGAUCAUGGGAUAAAGUAAUCUCGAACGCGGCCUUGCAUUGGAUUUUGCGCGAUGAGUCCACACGCAUGUCCACACUCCGCGCAAUCUAUGGCUGCUUAAAGCCCGGCGGAACGUAUGUGUUUGAGAUGGGUGGCCAUGGGAAUGUCGCAGAGGUCAAAACCGCGCUGCUGUACGCCCUCGUCCAGCAAGGCAUCACCGUGGAACAGGCUAGAGAGACAAGUCCCUGGUUCUUCCCAUCCGACGACUGGAUGCGCAGCGCUUUGGAAGAAGUCGGGUUCCAAGUCGAGAAUGUUGAGCUAGAGUAUCGUCCAACAAAGCUCACCAGCGAUGCGAAGGGUGGAUUGGAGGGUUGGGUGAGACUGAUGGGCGCGCAGUUCCUGGAGGCCCUCCCCGAAGAGAAGCGAGAUGCUGCAGUGAAGCAGAUCGGCGAUAUUCUCCAAACUGUGGUGACCCGCGUUGAGGAUGGGAGCCAGUGGUUGGGAUACGUACGGUUGAGAGGAAUCGCGAAGAAGAUUUAA